AUGCCGGAAUAUCCUCCCCAAAUCAUUAUCGAAGAUGUUGCUGCUCCAGCUUCAAAACGACGGCGAUUGGAUACCCCACUUGCGAGGGGCGUCGCAACCCAGAGCGCUUGCAAUACAUUCGAGUAUGGACUCUCGCCGCCAACAACACCCAUACCGUCGAUCUGCAAAACUGUAGAACGCAUAUGUCACGAUGAUUUGGUUUGUUAUGGCAUGGUGUGUCACAUUUUGCUCAUCAUGAUGGCCAAUGCUUACGUCGCCCAGUUGUCUCAUUUCGCAGUGAACGUACCUUCCCAUCACAUCGCCUCCCCUAUCUCGACCCAGAGUCCAAUUCGCUUCGAACCUCCUCGUACGAUACGCUUUGGUGUCAGCGAUUCACCGACCGGACAGCUAGACAACUAUGGAGGCAAGCUGCUAAGUAAGCUGGAUGCCGACAACGAGCUCAUCUUACAAUUCGUAAUACUGCCGACUUCAAUCACCCCCACAACGGGAAGGAGGAUCCUGAAGGAUGCACUGUCCCUUGGGGCCAUAAUAUAUGGCCCUAAAAAACGUUUCAGUCAUGUGGGCGACUUCAUGACCCAGGCUGGUUGUUACUUGGAUGAUCCUGUUGGUUGUGACCGCAAUGUUCCUUACAUGAACCCUCAAUAUCUCUGUAGCCUCCACGAAGAACCAUCGAUGACUUUCGAGCUGUCGAAGCUGCGACAUUCACUUGUCGAGAACUCUGCGCAAGCCUCCCGCGAUAUCCUGUCGGGUUUUGAGACAACUGAGGAUCUCGACUUAUCGGAUACCCCGACAGCUCUACGUACCAAACUUCAGAUCCAUCAAAGACAGGCACUUACUUUCCUUCUGAGACGAGAGAAAGGUAAACAUCCGUCCGAGGAUGGUUUGGGUAUAUGGUUGCGGAAAACGACCAACGGCCAUACCACUUUUGUGAAUGCCGUGACGGAUGAAGCUCAGUCGACUGCAGGCCCUCUAUGGCGUGGUGGACUGCUUGCCGACGAGAUGGGUCUUGGGAAGACAUUAACCAUGAUCGCCCUAGUCGCUUCUGAUCAAGACUAUGAUUCGAGCAACAAACCAACCAAUGGUCGUUUAAUACCCGGAACUUCUACAUGCUCAACUCUCAUAGUGGUGCCGCCAGCCUUAUUCGACGUCUGGAAAUCACAACUGAAACUCCAUUUGCAAGAUGGCAAGUUGAAAUGGUUCACGCACCAUGGUAAACAGAAAUUCAAGCUUGAAAAGAACAGAUGCCCCCCUGAUAUAGUGUUCACUACUUACCAAACUCUUGAGAGAGAGCAUCGAAAGCACGCUCACUCCAUUCUAUCUCAUCACUGGAGACGCAUUAUACUUGACGAGGCACAUACAAUUCGCAAUCACAAUACCUCGACUUCGCAAGCAAUUGCUGCCCUACGAGCAACAUCGAGGUGGGCAGUCUCAGGAACCCCGAUCCAGAACAGCCUCCUUGACCUCCAUGGUCUCUUCAAAUUCCUCCACUUUUCUCCUUACGACGAGCAAAAGGCCUUCGACAACGACAUCUCAAACAUAUGGCGCGUCAAACCGAUCGAUGAAGCCACCGAUACGUUCAAGAGACUGCUGUCGUGCUUCAUGAUUCGCCGAACAAAGGCUAUGCUGGAUUUGCCUAGUGUGGAUGACCAAGUGAUUAAAGUUACAUUCAAUUAUAAAGAGCGGCAUUAUUACCGCCAGAUCGAGCGACCUGUUGUCGACAUGCUCGACCGCAAAACAGAAGGUGGUGGUCACGCUCAUGUACCCUGGACGACCGCUAUCCAACAAAUAAACAAACUUCGUCUUGUUUGCAACCUAGGGGUUUUCGGCAGCUGUUCUGAACUCGAAAGCGUUGGAGAGGAGGCUUCUGUCAUGAGCGCCCGCUAUUCAAUUGCCGAUUAUGUUGCGUCCACAGGAAAAGCAAACUUGCGCCACAUGCUCCACGAGAGAAAGGAUCUCGAGGAUUAG